GAGCUUCAUAGACUGACUGCGGUAAUGAAUGCACUACACCCAUCAUGUUCCCAGCAUGCAUUGGAGAGAGAGGGAGAGAGAGAGGGAGAGAGAGAGGGAGGGGGAUUGGCUCGGAGGCUGAGGAGGACCGUGGACCUGAGCGCAGGAGAAGCAGCAUCAGAAGAAGAAGAAGAAGAAGAAGAAGAAGGUCUUCUUCAUCAUCCGACACUUGCUCAUCACUGACCAACGCUCAGGAUUUCAAGUAUUCUUCCCCCUCUCCUCCUCUGGCCUGACGGACCCACCAGCCAAUCACCAUGAACUAUCUCCGCCGGCGCUUGUCAGACAGCAGCUUUGUGGCCAACCUCCCCAACGGCUACAUGAUGGAUCUGCAGAGGCCGACCCCUCCAGGCUCAUCCACUUCGUCCACUUCCUCCCCCGCCUCCCCGGCCACAGAGAGGCGGCAGCCCCCGAGCAUCCCCCCACCGGCUUCCAACCCGGCCUCAGGCUCGGGGCCAGGCUCAAGCACGGGCACGGGCUCGGGCUCGGGCUCAGCAGGGAGCUUCCUCAGCUCCUUCUCCAGUGUGGUGAAGAGUGCUCAGAUGGCCCAGAACGUCGCCGCCGCUGCACACGCAAAAUCUGCAGCACCCGCAGCUAAUGGAGCCUCAACAGGAAGCAGUCAGCCCCCUAAACCUGUCAUACGCAAGCCCAAGAUCCUGCUGGUCAUCGAUGAUCAGCACACCGACUGGGCAAAGUAUUUUCGAGGGAAGAAGCUGAACGGAGAGUAUGAGAUCCGGGUGGAGCAGGCGGAGUUCUCCGAGAUCAACUUGGCCUCCUACGUCAACUCGGGAUGUAUGGUGGACAUGCAGGUCAACAAAGGUGGCACCAGAGUGGUCAGGUCCUUCAAGCCAGACUUUGUCCUGAUUCGCCAGCACGCCUACAGCAUGAUCCCCGGUGAGGAUUUCAGGAACCUUGUGAUUGGCCUGCAUUUCGGCGGCGUCCCAAGCACCAACUCUCUCUUCUCCAUCUACAACUUCUGCAGCAAACCUUGGGUGUUUUCUCAGAUGAUUAAGCUCUACCAUUCCCUCGGACCUGAGAAAUUCCCCCUGAAUGAACAAACCUUCUAUCCCAACCACACGCAGAUGGUAACCACCCCUUCAUACCCUGUAGUGGUCAAGAUGGGUCACGCCUACGCUGGCAUGGGAAAGAUCAAAGUGGAAAACCAACAGGACUUCCAGGACAUCACCAGCGUGGUGGCUCUGGCCGGGACCUACGCCACCACUGAGCCCUACGUCCAGUCCAAGUAUGAUAUCCGCAUCCAGAAGAUCGGCAACAACUACAAGGCUUACAUGAGAACGUCUAUCUCCGGAAACUGGAAGGCUAACACGGGCUCUGCUAUGUUGGAACAGAUCGCAAUGACUGACAGAUAUCAGCUGUGGGUGGACUCCUGCGCUGAGAUGUUUGGUGGCCUAGACAUCUGUGCAGUGAAGGCCGUCCAUGGAAAAGAUGGCAACGACUAUAUCAUCGAGGUGAUGGACAGCUCCAUGCCUCUGAUUGGUGAGCAUGUGGAGGAAGAUAGACAGCUGAUCACAGAGCUGGUUAUGAACAAGAUGGCCCAGGUGUUGCUGGGAGUUUCCACACCUCAGACUUCAUCUGUCAAGGGGGACACCGCUCUGCCUCCGCCUCUCCAUCUCAAUCGGCCCAGGGUUCACCUCAGCGAGCCCGAUCAGCCAGCACCUCACCCAGCCAGGCCUUCCAGCCCGGGCCCAUCCCUGCCACCUCUGGGCCUGGAGCUCAGAAACAGUCCCCCCAGCUGAACAAAUCCCAGUCUCUGACCAACACCUUCACGGAGACGUUACGAGGAAGCCUGACCGACGACGAGGCCAAGGCUGAGACCAUCCGCAGCCUCCGACAGUCCUUCGCCAGCCUCUUCUCCGACUAAAAGCCUCUCCAGAAGCUUCCUCGUUCUGUUAGUUGUCAGGUUAGAAAAAGAAAACCAACCCCGACUGGUUCAACUAUUGUGGAAUCUCCCUCCACAUCCGAGCCUCAGCUUCCUGUUCCUUCUUUUUCCUGCUCACUGUUUGUGAAAUUUGCCACACGGUGCAACCCGCUGUCCUCAGAUCAGUGUUACAUCUAUCACUAGAAAGGCCAAUAGAUGUUGGUGUUCUAUCAUAAAGGCCAGUGUGUUGACUGACUAACUAAAUUUAAAAGCGGACUUAUUUGCAAUGGUCUUCCUUACAGGAGAUGUUAAAGAAAUGUAGGAUGUGAGUGCAGUCAGCCGAUGGCCUUUCUAGUGGUAAGUAAUAGCAGUAAAUAAUCAUACUCAUAGCUCAUAAUGCUUGGUAUAUAGUUGUAAUUCUGCAUUCUGUUUGUCCAACCAGUGAAACUUUUCAUUAUUGGGUCGUGUCUUACAUAUAUACACAUAUACACAUAAUUAUAACAUUAAUCGCAGCUUCCAAACCGUUUGCAGAUGUCUAUCCCAAUAUUCUUAUCUGAAACCGUUGCGGUUAACUCAUGAGAAAUGUACUAAGUCCUCACGGUUCACCAGCGAUUUUAAGCAUCUUGCCAGCAGCCACAUUUCUCAGACAUCCAUGUGCUGUAGACACAUAUUGGCUUAGUAAUGACUCCUCUACCUAACAUUACCAAAGUGCUUUUUAAUAAUAUCAUAAAAACAACCCCCCCCCCUGCACUGGGAGAAAAAACAAUCGCACAGCUAUCCAACCUUUGAGCGUGUGAUUUCACAAGGUGCAAAUACUCCACUGGCUUACAGCCAUUGUCUUCCAUCAUAGCCCAGACCUUCCCGUGCAGUUCUCUUUUUUCCUAAUGUUUUGUGCUUUGAAAAAUGGCACUACGGUGUGUUUUCUGUGGAGGAUUUGUACCAUGACUACAUUACUACUGCUGUGUGUGUGUGUGUGUGUGUGUGUGUGUUUUAAAGGCAAACAGUGAGGUAUAUUUGAGACUUCCUCUGAGACCGAAAAAAGAUUUAGUUGUGUAACAUCACAUCUUAUAUCUUUAUACUCCUUUAUUCUCGACAACCAAGGAUCAUUUAUCAUAAUCAUUUUUACAGUGUUUGGUCAAAUAGUGGGAAUACAACAAUCUGCAGUGGUAGCAGCCAAAACACUUUUUCUUUUUUUUUUUUUACUCUUCCAUCCUGCUUUGGAACUGCAUGUAAAUGUUUAGUGUAUGUCAUACGUAGAAUCCAAUUGGUAUUUUCUAACAGAAAGCCAACACAAGCUCAUGAUUUUAACUAUUCUAUAAAGGAAGAAAAUAAAUGGUAAGGCUUUAGUUUAUGGGUGCUGCAAUUCCGUAAUGAUUUCUUAGAAAGGACAAUGUAAUUUGGGGGAAACUAUAGCAAAAUAUAUUAAUAAAAAUAAUAUUUAUAUACAUAAUAAUAUGUUCCCUUAUUGCAUAGGUAUCGAGAACUAGGACUGUUACCAUUUACAGUCUAACUACUCUAAAGAUGGGAUGUGCCUACAUUAUAUUGGAGCUUUGAAAGAAAAUGAGAUGUUUUGCUAUUGUGAUUUGGAUUUAAUGACAAAAAAUGGGCAAUGAUCCAAUUUAGUGUAUGUAAAAUAUGUAUUUAUUUGAUGAAAACCUAAUUGAAUGCAACUAUUCAGGAAAAAGAAGUUCAAGCUACCAGUUUUAUUUGGAAUCAAUCAAUCGGAUUUAUUUGUCACAUGAAAUUUUCGAGGUACAAUUCGAGUAAAAUGUUAUUUAAUACCAACUGAAUACUGUCUCACUGUUCCUAUAUAUUAGCACUAAAUUACGUCUUUUCAGGAAAUGUUUCCAAGGAAAUAAUUAGGACGCCCUUAAAAUAAAAGGUAUCCAUUUUUGGCAUCAGGCUUACAGAAGUGCAUUUGGCACUCCAUGCAGAGCACAAUCACACUGUGUUCUUUUUGCAGGAAAUGAAAAGCUGUCUUGUAGUUUGCUCUGGAUUUAUCUGUGCUACAAACUGAAUAAGCCUUAAUUUGUUUAGCAUUUAGAAGGACCUGGCCAAAAAAGAAUAUUUCGAUCUUUAUCAGCUUUUAUUUGUUUGUCUAAAUACCACAAACAGAAACACAAAUAGGAUAUUUGAAUUCCUUUGAGCUGUGUGUAUUCAUUUAAAUGGACCUGUGAUUCCAGAGUUUUUAUUGUUCUUUACAUAAUAAUGAAAAUAAUAAUAAUUAAUAAUAAUUAUAAUAAUAAUAAUAAUAAACCCCAUUUUAAGGUCAACUUUAUUUAAAUGCAUGAAGCUGAAUAAAAUGUAUAGUGGUGUGUGUGCGUGUGUAUGUGUGAAUAAUUCAAGUUGUAAAUUUGCCAUUAUGAUUAACAAUGAUUCUACCACUUUGCAAUAAUUCUGUUGAUGAUAAUUUUUCUGCUAAGCUUGACACUUUAAGAAAAGCUGCCAUUUUUGCCCAAGCUUUUAUUCGGUGCUUUGCCGGUCUCACUGGCAGAAACAUGAGAAACUAACAUUGUUUUUUUAAUUGGGCUGAAAAUUCUUAAAAUGUGUUUGAUUGAUAAAAGACACUCUACAGUGCUCGUACAAAGCAAUGAUGGGAGGGGAGUUUUCUGGCUACAGACAGUUGCUCCGGAGGGAAAAUAAUCAGAUUGGGUGCAUUUUUCAUCGGUGGGAGGAGCCACAGAACCACAGUUGGAAAUGCUAUGUUCACACUAUCAAGCAUCAAAAGCUACAAAACUGCCAAGCGUGGCCAGCUCCAUCGUCAUCGCUGAGUCAUCGUUUUUAUUUCGUUUAACUAGAAUAGCUAGCAUAGCGACAGCUAGCAAAACAACAGCUAACUAAGCUAAAUAACACAGUAUUAAAGCUAGCUGUGUGCAUUUA